GUUACCUAGUAUAAUACACAUGUGCAUGCAGGCAGUUAGGUACACUUAGUUCCUACACGGACAUGUGUUAAUAGAGUUUCUUCCGCUUAUAUUGAUCGCCCUGCUCGCACCUAGACUUUGAAGAGCCUACCUUCAGCCACCUGCCUACCCAGCACUGAGCCCUUCUCAAUCCCGCAUUGAAUCUCAUCCUAACCUACCUACGUAAGGUACUACUUAUAGGGAGCAUCUACUCCCCCACGCUCGCCAACCAUUGGUAUUUAGGUAUGUAUAUACUUUAUUAUGACUAUAUAUAGGCUUAGAGCGUUUCAAUGCUGUGCUCGUUCUUUCUCGGUGUGAUAUUCUUGUCCUAUUUAUGUUAUUACAUUUUAAGUUGCACUUCAGAAGGCCCUUCGUACAAUAUCUCACUACCAUCAUUGCCUGCCUGCCUGCCUGCCUGCCUGCCUGCCUCCCAACCUCUCGGCCAACCUCUCGACCUGCCUACUAGGCCUACCUACCUACCAUGUCUACUCUGUAGCCCCCUGGAUCUUGAGAUCAGUAUCACACUUGGGACAGAUCUAGAGCUUCACCUGCAACUGCUGCCAUGAGGAUUAUUAUGGCAUUUAGCCUGCCUUCUAUUUGCGCGUCGGGCGAAAAAAAAGACGUUUCGCAACCGCAAACAAGUGAAAACUGCCAUAUUACGAUAUAUUCGGCUUUCGUUUCGGUCGGGCGUUGUGCUAUGAAAUCGUUGUGUUUGUUGGAUAUGACGGACGUGCUUAGUGCUUCGUUUCGUUUCUUGUGCUUGUACUUGACUGUGAGAUCUCGAUAGCCGGCUAACAGGCUAAUAAACCAACGAAUUAACACAAUAAUACGUGAGUACCUGAGUUAGUUUUUGAAGCGGCCUGUUUGGCUUCAUUCGCAACAUAAUAGUUUCGCGACAUGGUUGAGAUGAAUUGACGAGGUUUUUGAGUUGAGGAGGGAGUAGAGUGAAGAGAAAGAAAAUUUUGACUGACAAGAGGAUGCAGGAAUCAGGAUAUCCAGGUAUCCAGGUACCUAUUGCAAGGUGGGCAGGGUUAGUUAGAGCCGCAAGUGGUGUGCGAACCGUCAAGUGGUUGCCUUAUUACUAGGUUAGGUACAUAUGUAGACUCAUCUAGUAAAUUUGUCC